UAAUGUCUCAUGUAUUAGAAGAUUUAAGAAGAGUUUUCCCUAAAAAGUCUUUAUUACUUUAGACCUAUAUGUUAGGAUGUUUCUACUUGAUACAUUAACAAUUGAAUGUUGAUGAAAAGAAAAAAGAAAAGCAAUAUAUGCCAAUAUGGAGAUCAAAACUGAUUGAAAAUCAACAUCAAAGACAUUUGAAAUAAUUUUAACUGAAAAUCUUGAUUGAUUAACAAAUACCACUCAAACCUCAAUAAACAAAGUUAUCUGGUUUGAUGGAAUUCAGUAAUAGAUGGUCAUUUAUAUUUUAGGAACACCAUAGUUUGUUGGAUUUCAAAAUAUGAAUCAAUCAAACUAAACCUUAUAAGUGGUAUUAAUUAACUGAUCCCUUAGCACUCUCUAUAAAUUGACUCAAAGCAUAUUUAGAAUUUCAGUUUGGAUGACUUAUCAACUAUACAAAGUGAAUUUAUCCCUGAUUUGUAAGUUGAUCUUCAAGUAAAAAAAUCUGUCGAUAUGACAUAAAGUUGCAUCUUUUGA